GAAUACACGUGACUUAUAGCCAGUCGUGCUUAAUCAGGGAAGGUCCGACUUGCCUCUUGGCGAAGGACGUGAUAAAACUGCGAACUGCUACCGCGGUUUCACGCGCGAAUCCGCAACCUGCAACUGCAGCGAUUUAACAGAAUUAAUCGUCGAGUGGUGCGCAAAGAGCACAGAGAGAGAAUGCUACCUACACGCACUAUCGACAGCCGGAUAGAAUUCACUCUGCGGCUGAUUGGUGUCUGGCCGGAUAGCUCGUGCAAAAUUUUGCUGCCUGCCUUUUGGGCCACGGUGAUGAUGGCCUCGCAGAUCUUUCAGUACUGGUACAUUUAUACACACAUCGGCAUCGACACCUUGCCGGACCUUUUGUACUGCCUGAGUCUGUGUUUGUCGAACACACUGCUGUUUUUGAAAGUGAACGUCCUUUGGCUAAACAGACGUAUCGUUUUUGAUAUUUUGAUGACAAUGACCGAAGACUGGAAUAUGCUCUCAUCUAUUAGUUCAAAGACGCAGAUGGUAGACAAAGCAAUUUUGUCUCAUCGAUUUUCGAAAUGCAUCAUCGGUGCGUAUACGUGUAUGAUCUUAUUAGGCAUAGCUAACAUGAAGGGAAUGGAUUCUUUACAAGCUGACGGGCAAAGACAAUUAGCCGUUAAAAUGAAUUUGCCGUUCGAUUACAACGCGUCGCCGAUUUACGAAAUUGUCAUGGCGACGCAAGUGCUUCUGCAAUACACAUUAGCGAUCAUGGCAGCAAUGUUGAGCGCUUUCACUGUGUCAUUAGUCCUUCACAUUGCUGGUCAAAUCGAGAUAAUAUGUCAAGAAUUGUUGGAAAUCUCGGUAACUGAGGAUGAAUCGCGCAUAGCUGCGUUGAGAACUCUCGUGAACAAGCAUCAAAGGAUCAUUGCAUUCGUUGACAGUGUCGAGAAUGUGUUCUGCUAUAUGUCGCUAAUGCAGUUUUUCUCAAACACGCUUGUUAUUUGCUUUUUAGGAUUCUUGAUUAUGACCUCGCUCGAUUCCAAUCUCGUGCUGGUAAAGAUCACCCCUUAUUACAUCGUCGUAAAUGUAGAAGCGUUUAUACUUUGCUUCACUGGCGAAUACCUGACCUCGAAGAGCAAGCAUAUAAGUCAAUUUGCAUACGCGUCACUCUGGUACGAGUUGAAGCCUACUGAAAGCAAAAUCCUGAUGCUGCUGAUACUGAGGUCGCAGAAGCAGUUAACUAUUACAGCUGGAAAAUUCGUAGAAUUGUCUCUGGAGAGUUUUACACAAAUCCUGAAGGCCUCUGCGUCUUAUAUGUCGGUGUUACGCGUCAUGUACUAAAGCCGCAGAGAUUCCGUACAAGUGUGAAACGUGACUUGAGUCUAACUCAACUAAGAGUGUAAGAAAAAGUUAUAAACUAGUUUUUGAAUAGAUCAUACGCAGAUUAUGAUACGCAGAUUAUAUACGUAAUAUUUUCCUAUAUACAUACAUCUUUAUUUUUCG